CAGUACUGCCAAAGCUGCCAAUUCACAAUUCAGUAUUCAUGCAACAGUCAACAUGUCAAUUAUCGUCAACAUAUUUGCAUGUAAAUCACGUAUUUAAAUCAGUUUCACCAAGCGAAUUAGUUAAUUCAUCGAGAAUUGCGUGACCGAUUGCAAUGUCUGCCCUAUUCGAUUUCCAGAGUCUGCUGACAGUGAUUUUCCUGCUAAUUUGCACGUGUGCGUAUAUUCGUUCCAUAGUGCCUAGUUUGCUAGACAGACAUAAAGUCGGAUUCUUGGGGAUCUUUUGGAAGUGUGCCAGGAUUGGAGAGCGAAAGAGUCCCUACGUUGCAGUAUGCUGUUUAUCCAUGGCUUUCAGUAUAUUAUUUUGGUCCUGAGAUGAAAAUAAUUAUGACGAAAAUUGAGUUUUAAAAUUGACCAAACUUCUGGACAUGUGUAUAUAAACGAAGUGAUAUAAAAAGGUAAAGUUUGAAAAUGUGAUAUACAUUCCUACGGCAAACAUUUUGUAUUUGUUCCCUUUGAUUGGAAAUACAUAAAAAAUACAUUACAUAAAAA